CCUCCCCUCCCUCCUCUCUCACUGGGAGAAUGCCCGUGUUGUACUGACAGAAACGCUACGGGCUCAUCAGACAUGGAGGCCCGCCGAUUAACGGGCACAGGCCCUUUCUCACGCCUUUAAACACACCACCCUUGGACGAAGGAAAGCCUGGAAGCAUUUCAGGAUAUUACGGCUCAGCAGUUCACUAAGGGAAACAUGCUGCCACUGAGGAAUGAAUCUGAAUGAUGUGAAAGCUCGUCUUUGACCUUUAAAAACAAACCAGGUUUGAAGGUGACGAGGGCUGGGCAGCCAGGAAAGAACAACACUGCUUCAACCCAGCAUCUAUCAAUAUAGCACCCCCCCUUCCCGUUUUCCACCUCCAACUGGAUUCUGCACCCCCCAGUUCUGUACUUCUUGCGAGCACGCACUGCUCAGCCCCUCUCUGUUUCUCCUAACAUCAAUGGAUCAGAGGACACAAGGAGGGCCCACCACACCACCUCCUCUCCCCGCAAAUGCCCUACCAGUUGAGUGUGAGAAAGAAGGAGGAGGUGGGAAGAAGGACGACGAAGAUGAAAAAAAGAAGCGAGAGAAGGAAAGAGAUGCGCAGUCGGCCGCCGUCCCGUGCAACCCGGAGAGUGGUGCCGGUGACCAGCAGCAGCAACAGCAGCAGUCUCAGCAAUUCUCUGUCAAAGAAACAAGCUACUCAGAAGGCAACGUCAAGCUUAAGAUAGGCGUCCAGGCCAAGCGAAUGAAAAAGCCGCCUAAAAUCCUCGAGAAUUACGUGUGCCGGCCAGCCUUCAGAGCAACAGUUAGACCUGGGAGCCGAGGCGGUGGACGAGGCAGUCGUCGAGUGGGACCCUCCGAUGGUGGUGGCAGCACUCCUGGUGUACCACACGGUAAAGAAGCAGAAAAGGACUCCGCUGUUAACCCAGGAGCACCUCAGUCAUCAGUCCAUCCAUCAAAUACUGCGCCUACCACCGCUUCUCUUCCGCUUUCUACAACCACCAGCCCUGAAACUUCUGUAAAUGGGAAUACUCCUGCUAAAAGGGGUCCCCCGAAGAUGACUUGCAAGUCAGAAGGAAAGGGUGAUGUAAAAACCCUUUCAUCUUCAGAAAAAUCCCUUAACAGUCACUGCCCCGUAUCGGACGGCAAAUCACACUCCUCUGGAAAGAAGAGCCUGGCACCCCAAAACAACCCACCAGCUCAUUCACUACUAACUCCUCCUCCCAGUGCGUCUCCUCAUGACCCCAAAAUCGAUGGAGUCACAAAGCCCCCUCAAUACAUUUACACAGAUAACCAAAGGGAGCAAGAAAGAGGAGCUCCAAACUGGGGUGCGCCUACAGUCACUGAGAAACUCGCGCAGCUUAUAGCCACCUGCCCACCUACUAAGUGUCCUAAGCCCAAAGUCCGGAAAGUAACCCCAGCUCCACCACACAGCAGCUCGCCUCCUCUGAUCUCCAAUUUGCAACGGCCUGAGCGGGCCAUGGCCAACAGGAACACAUAUUCCAGAGUAGCUCACCUUGCCCCUCCUCCACCCGUGUCACGGCCCCCAGGUCGUCCAUAUGGCUCACGAAACAAAGACAGUAUCCUGGAGAAGUUAUCUGGCAUACCUAGAAAAGAGGAAGCUGGUGGACUUUCAAAGGACAUUACAAGUAGCAACAGUACCAGCAGCAGCAACAUUCCUGUAGUGUCUUAUAGCAACAGCCGCUUAAUAACCAAUACUGAUAGCAACGAUGACGAUAAUAGCAAUGGAAUAAAAUUGCAGUCUCGCCUUGGGCCACAUUCAUCCACACCUUCUCUCUUCUCUUCUUCCUUAGAGAGAAUAGGGAGUGCAAUCAGCCACCAGGUGAUGCCUGUCUCUCUUGGAUCAAGGAUUACUGCAAGCCCCUCACGAACAGAGGAAUCAAUUGAUAGAGAGAAAGAGAGGGACAAGGACAUAUUCAGUCUCAGAGAAAUAAGCAAAGGCUCUUCCCCGAUUUUGUCAGGGAAGCAGGACACUAAAGAGAAGGGGCUGUUCUCUAUACCUCGUGGAGAGAGGGGAAAAAGCUUAAGUCCAUCUAAACGAAGUCCUGCACAAGAAAGUCGAACAAGUGGGGAACAUAGCCCUGCUGAGUCCACUAAACGCACUGCUUCUCCUCCUAUCCCUACCAGUUCUAGCAGCAGUCUUUCACCACUUUGUGACGACCAUGACCCUGCGUCCCCUGGAUCUCCGACAGAACAGGAAUCUAAGCCUCUUAAGAAACGGCGGGGUCGAAGACCUCGCUGGACGAAAGCGGUCAGUCGCACGCAAAGAGCGAUAGAAGACGCCACUCCUAGUCAAACCAAAUGCACCAUACUGCCUACAGACCUGUCAUCCUCCCCACCCAUUCGUCGACCUGUAGGAAGGCCCCCCAAUGCUAAUCGCAUGCUUUCUGGAUUCUAUUCGCCACCACCCAAGAAAAGGGGGCGGCCCAAGUCCAAAAUGCCAACACUGGAUGCACCUGCACGUGGUCGUUUGCCUCUCAAAGUUACUCCCCAAAAAGUUUACUCCAUGUCCAAAGAGGAGCAGGAUCCCCCUGUUUUGCACCCAGAGGUGGACCUGAAUCCUCCUAAACCCAUGCCACGCAAAAGAGGGAGACCAAAACGCUUACCUCCAACCCUGCCACAGGAGACCCAGCCUCCAACACUUGCUCCAGAGCCAGGUGAUUCCGCGGCAGGUGAUAAGAGUUUUCACAACAAAGGCAAUGGGCAGCUCAUAAUGAAGACGAUUAUAGGCAAGAUCAACAAAAUGAAGACUGUGAAGCGUAAGAGGCUUCUCAGUCAGAUACUGUUGGGCUCAGGACCGGGAACUGAGCCAGAGGUCCCCAAAACUACAAGUAUGUCUGGGACAGUAGCUUCUGCUUCACAGUCUCUCUCAACCCUUGCUGCAACAUUUGGUGGCAAACUUGGACCUCAAAUCAAUGUAAGCAAAAAAGGGACAAUAUACAUGGGUAAAAGAAGAGGCCGCAAGCCAAAAGCACCAGCCAACAAUUCCCCAGGUGCCCCUACACCCCCACCUGAACCCUUUUUGACCCCAAACACUUCCUCCCCACAUCACUCACAUCAGUCUUUGGUUUCACAAAACCAGCAAAACCAGAUUCCCCCCUCUGACAUCUUUCCUUCCCCCUCGCUUUCCCAAUCUAGUGGGGGUCAAAGCCCCAUCAGCGACGCUAGUUUUGUGGAGCCCGGGUCAGUCCACUUGAUGCCCCACUCACACUGUAGCCACCACUCAUUUCCCUUUACCCCACCAACUCUUUCAGCACCCUCCCCACGUUCUUUGGGAGGUUCGGCGUCUUUACACUCCUCGCAGAAAAAGCCUUCUUGCAGAGGUCACCAUCACCACCACCACCACUACCGACAGCAUUACCACUGUCGCAAGCUCUCACCCCCCAGGCCCCUAUUGCCUACAUCCCCUGCUCCUCUUAGUGAGCUGAAGGAGGCCACGCCUUCCCCAGUCAGUGAGUCUCACAGUGAGGAGACCGUGCCUAGCGACAGUGGCAUUGGAACAGACAACAACAGUACAUCUGAUCGUGGGGAGAAGGCUGGGAGUGCUAGUGGUUUACCUGGGUUAGGCGUCUCACAGAGUAUGACCAAUGGGCUACUAAUGCCUGGAAUGAUGGGGUCAUCAGUGGGUAUCGGGGUAGGGCAUAACCCAAGAGGCAGUAGGAGACAUUCGUCUACUGUACUUCUUGAUUGCCCUUCACCCACACCAUCUCCACUUGGAGAGAGGUCAUCAGCUGAUUCACGGCGACCACACCCACUGGCUCCUGCUUCAGCACUAGUGGGCCACAAGGAGAAGCAUAAACAUAAGUGCAAACGGCGUGGUCAUGGAUGCCCAGGCUAUGAUAAGUUGAAAAGGCAGAAACGCAAGCGCAAGAAGAAAUAUUUGCAGUUGCGUUCACGCAGACAAGAUCCCGACUUCCUGGCUGAGCUUGAUGAGAUAUGCGUGCGGCUUUGUGGAAUACGGAUUUCACACCGCACACCUGUUCUUCGUCUGGGCAGCAGCUUGGGUCACGCUGCUGGAACAUCUGGCACGAGUCAUGGGGCUGGUUUGGGUAGUACCAGAGCCGGCAGUAGCAUUGGUGGUGGCACCAACCCCGCACCUCAUCAUUAUUUGCAUAGAGACCUUUUACCCACAAUCUUCAGGAUUAACUUUAGUGGGUACUACUCACCCCACCCAGCCUACCAAUGCGAUUCUCUGCACUAUGUUCGUAAGCCUGAUCUUAAGAAGAAGCGUGGAAGGCCCCCCAAGCUUCGAGAGUCAAUGUCAGAGGUGCCUUUUGUUCCUGGGCUAGGGUUCCCCCUAACAAGUGGAGGGUUCUAUCAUCCUUCCUAUGGUGUUCCAUACUCCUCGGCCCCUCUUGGACUUGGUUAUUAUCGGGGUUAUCCCCCAGCCAGUGCACUGUACCCUCACCCUCACCACCAGGUUCCACAUUCUGCCUCAUCUCACCAUGGCCACCAUAGCCCGUCCUUCCCUCCACCGCCUCCUCCUUCAUAUGUUCAUCAUCACCAUCACCCUCCCCACCUGCUCCUCAACCCUUCUAAAUUCCACAAGAAAAAACAUAAGCUUCUACGACAAGAGUAUCUCAGUGGGGGGCGUUCAGGGGUGCUGUACCCUCCUAUGUCUUCAGAAUUGUCACUCAGUUGGCACCACAAACACAAGCACAGACAUAAACAUCGUGACCGCUGUGGAGAGGAAGAGGGUGACGAUGGUGGAGGAGUUGGUGGUGGUGGAGGAGGAGGGAGAAAUGGAAGCGAUGGUAUAGGAGCAGGAAGAGUGGAGAGAACGAGGAGAGGCGGAAGCAUGGAAUCGCUCAAGCAUUGUGGGUAUGGUCCAGAUAGCUCAGCUGACUCCAGUGUAAACAAACAAACAGCCGCCAUUUCUGGCAAUUCCCCGUCUUCCUCCUCGUCAUCCUCAGCUGAAAGGUACAAGCAAAAAGAAGCCUCUAUGUCCUGUCUGUUGCCGUCAAGAUUAUCCUUGGGCCAGGGGAAUCGGGGACACCAUCCUGCGGACUCCUUGUUCCGGAUCGGCAGCUACGAUGUUGAUUACUCCAAACUCUCCCACAAUCAGACUCUUGGACAGGGGCCGUUCUCUGACGGGCAUGUGCACAGCUCUGUGGGUUGCUCGGACAGUGAGGAUGAAGAUCAUGCUUCACCAAAUGAGGAACAGGACUCAGGCUCCCACCACACUAACCUUUUUGCUUCAGCCCUCACUCGGACUUCUCUUAGAUGUAAUCAGGGCAAGAAAGGUGGGAGCUCAGAGGGCUCAAGUCUGACGCGUCUGGACCGAUCACUGAGGAGAGACCUCUCCACUUCUGCUGAGAGAAGAGAGACAGGAUCCUGUGGUAUACAAACACGAUACGGCCAGUUCAGCCCACCCGAUUUUUCUGACACGCCCCCACACCGACACCAUCACCAUACUCCUCUGUCUGUCUCCCACUCGUCUUCCUGCAUCACCGCCUGUGGCCUGGAGCAGCCCGGAGCGAGUCCAUCCCCUCGCUCCUCACAGCCCACAUGCUGCUUGGACUCCUCCCCGUCUCGUCCUUCCCAGCGUUUGGCCCCGCUUCCUCCCAAAAACAACCUGCAUCAUGUCAACAAGAUUCUUCGGGCCAAGAAGCUGCAGAGGCAGGCACGCACAGGAAAUAACAUGGUUAAGAAAAGAGGACCGGGACGACCCCGGAAGAAUCCGUUACCCUCCCCGUCGACGUUGCCACCCACGUCUCCUCCACCACCAGAGCCUGAACCGGAGAAGCAUAGCAAAGAAUGGGAGGAAGACACAGUCACAGACGCCAUCGAGUCUGUUAUACAGAGGCAAAAGCGAAAGGGUAGAAAGAGGAAGCAUUGGGACAGGGAUGAAAAUAUUGAGGACGAGGAUGAGACCAUGCAUGAGAGGGAAGAAGAAGAAGAAGAGGAGGAGGAGGAGGUGGUGGAAACGAGUCCUGAGGUCAGGGAGGAAGAGACAGUGACACGGGGACAACCGGCAGGAGGGAAAGGAUGGCUCUUACAUGAGGAGAUGCAAAGCUUUCAAAGUGCUGUGGAAGGGAAAUCUGAUGGCCACUCCUCCCCUAAACGCACAGGUCAGACCCCCAUGGUACAAGCCUUGCCCACGCCGGUGACGGCCCAAAGGGAGAAAAAAGCUGCUAGGCCACCGAAGAAGAAAUUUCAGAAGGCUGGUCUUUAUUCUGACGUCUACAAGACAGACGAUCCUCGUGGUCAGCUGCUACAGCUAAAGAAGGAGAAGUUGGAGUACAUUCCGGGCGAACACGAGUACGGCCUGCUUCCUGCUCCGAUUCAUGUUGGGAAGUACUUAAGACAGAAGCGAAUAGAUUUCCAGUUGCCUUAUGACAUCCUGUGGCUUUGGAAGCACGACCAGCUGCAUAAGAGACCGGAUGUCCCUCUCUACAAGAAAAUAAGAUCAAACGUUUAUGUCGAUGUAAAGCCGCUCUCAGGCUACGAAGCCACUACCUGUAACUGCAGGUCCCCCGAGGAUCACAGCGCCAAGGGCUGCAUGGACGACUGCCUUAACAGAAUGAUUUUUGCCGAGUGUUCCCCCAGCACGUGUCCAUGUGGAGAGCACUGCGAUAAUCAGAGAAUCCAGCGUCACGAGUGGGUCCAGUGUCUGGAGCGUUUCAGGACGGAAGGGAAGGGCUGGGGCAUCCGCACUAAAGAGCCGCUGCGUUCUGGCCAGUUCAUCAUCGAGUACCUCGGAGAGGUGGUCAGCGAGCAGGAGUUCAGGAGUCGAAUGAUGGAGCAGUACUUCUCUCACAGCGGUCAGUACUGUCUAAAUCUGGACAGCGGCAUGGUGAUCGACAGCUACCGCAUGGGCAACGAGGCACGCUUCAUCAACCACAGCUGUGAGCCCAACUGCGAGAUGCAGAAGUGGUCGGUGAACGGGGUAUACAGGAUUGGACUGUUUGCCCUGAAAGACAUGGACAGUGGCACGGAGCUCACUUACGACUACAAUUUCCACUCCUUCAACACAGAAGAGCAGCAAGUGUGUAAGUGUGGCUCAGAAGGCUGCCGCGGCAUCAUCGGAGGAAAGAGUCAACGGAUCAACGGGCUGCCGGGCAAAGCGGGAGGAUCAGGAGGCGGAGCCCGGAGGCUCGGGAGGCUGAAGGAGAAGCGCAAAUCCAAGCACCAGCUUAAAAAACGGGAAGAGGAGUCCAGCGACAGCAGCAAGUUCUUCCAACACCUCCUGAUGAAGCCGAUGUCGAACAGAGAGAGGAAUUUUGUGCUGAAGCACCGAGUGUUCCUGGUUCGCAACUGGGAGAAGAUGAGGGACAAGCGAGAGCUGCUGAAGAGGGAAGGAGAGCGGGAGCGAGAUAAGGACGGCAGCCUGUCGCAGUACGCCCGCUGGGGAGGAGUCAUCCGUGAUGAUGGCAACAUCAAAUCAGACGUGUUCCUAACACAGUUCUCAGCGUUACAGACGUCUCGCUCGGUGCGCACGCGCAGACUCGCCGCCGCCGAAGAAAACACAGAGGUCACUCGCACGGCUCGUCUGGCGCACAUCUUCAAAGAGAUCUGCGACAUGAUCACCAGCUACAAAGAUUCCUCGGGCCAAACUCUUGCAGCUCCCCUGCUUAACUUACCUUCCAAAAAGAGGAACAUGCAGUACUAUGAGAAGGUGUCAGAUCCUCUGGACCUUAGCACCAUAGAAAAGCAGAUCCUCACCGGACAUUACAAAACAGUGGAGGCCUUCGAUACGGACAUGCUAAAGGUGUUCCGCAACGCAGAGAAAUACUACGGACGGAAGUCUACGGUGGGCCGGGACGUGUGCCGGCUGCGCAAGGCAUAUUACGGGGCUCGGCACGAGGCGGCCGUGCAGAUCGACGAGAUCGUCGGCGAGACGGUCAGCGAGGCGGACAGCUCCGAUUCGAUGGACCGCGACCAGGCUCACCACGUCAACAAAGACGACGACAUCAUCCGCUGCAUCUGUGGCAUGUACAAGGACGAGGGCCUGAUGAUCCAGUGCGAGAAAUGCAUGGUCUGGCAGCACUUUGACUGCAUGCGUUUGGAGGCUGAGGUAGAGCAUUAUCUCUGUGAGCAGUGCGACCCUCGCCCGGUGGACAGAGAGGUUCCGAUGGUUCCUCAGCCAAGUUACGCACAGUCAGGUUCCAUCUACUAUAUCUGCCUCCUCCGGGACGAGCUGCUGCUACACCAGGGUGACUGCGUGUACCUGAUGAGGGAUAGCAGACGCACGCCGGAGGGCCAGCCACUGCGCCAGUCCUAUCGCCUCUUGUCCCAUGUGAACAGGGACAAACUGGACAUCUUUCGCAUUGAGAAACUUUGGAAAAAUGAAAAGGGUGAGCGGUUUGCUUUUGGUCAUCACUAUUUCCGACCUCACGAGACUCACCACUCGCCCUCACGCCGCUUCUACCACAACGAGCUGUUCCGAGUGCCGCUCUAUGAGAUCAUCCCUCUGGAGGCAGUGGUGGGAACGUGCUGCGUCCUGGACCUUUACACCUACUGCAAGGGUCGGCCGAAGGGUGUGAAGGAGCAGGACGUGUACAUCUGUGACUACCGGUUGGACAAAUCUGCUCAUCUUUUUUACAAAAUUCACCGCAACCGCUAUCCAGUUUGCACCAAGUCCUACGCCUUUAACCACUUCCCCAAGAGGCUUACGCCCAAAAGGGACUUCUCACCUCACCACGUUCCCGACAACUACAAAAGAAAUGGCGGGCGUUCGGCCUGGAAGACUGAGCGCUCUAAAGGUCCUGGGGCGUGCGAUGAAGACCCCUCCCAGAGUGCGACAUGUGACCAGCUGCCCUUCUCACGUGACGCCGAAAGCAGAGGAGCAGGAGCACACACGGUCUGUAAUCACGAGGAGUCCUCGACAGUGCUGCCCGUCUUAGCGCCCCCGCAGGAGCAAAGGAGGCCCGGCGAGGAUGAGGAAGAGGAGGAGGACGAGGAGCUGGGCGAAGAGGAGGAGAGGAGGGAGCCGGAGGAAUGUCAGGCAGAGAAAGGAGAAGCGGAGGUGUCCCUGCUCUCCGCGUCACCACUGCACAUGUCUGUUUUGGGACGAAGGGAAGCGCAGAGGGACCGACUUAACAAGAUCCUGCUAGACCUCCUGCACCGGACCCCCAGCAAGAACGUUAUAGACGUGACGUAUCUCCUCGAGGAGGGCUCCGGGCGCCGCCUGCGCAGACGCACACUUGGACUGAGUGACUUUGUGAGCAGGAAGUGAUGUCACCAGUGCAGGUGAUGAGCUAAAUAUAAAGAAAGAAAAAUAAAUAAAUAAACAUCAACAAUAUGCAGGAACAGGAAAAGAGGGAUGAAGGUAUGAGAGAGGAUGAGACGCUCGGAACCUUAAAGGCCCUCCCUUUUCCAAACGUCAGUCCUCCAUUUUGCUCUAUUUUUCCUAAACGAACUACGACUUGUGUCUGUGCACAGGACAUGAGGGUUUUUUCCUUUUUUUUUGCCAGCAACGAGAGAAUUAUUGCCUUGAUGCAUUUUUAAAACAAACAAAAAAAUGUUGCAAUGACAAAUGAACAUAGGAAUAUGUACUAUUUAAGUUUAUCGAUAUGAGUAUAAACUGUCACCUUAACGGUCUUUUUCCGUUAGACAACGGAGGUCAGCGUUUUGUUUUUUGUUUUUUGUUUGGUUUUUUUUCCCCCUAGGUGGUACUACAUAGAGAAAUAAGGAGGCCUCCAAGAAAGCAAGCGAGUAGGUGAGAGGACUGAGACCAUCACCUCUUGGUGGAUAAAUAGAAAUAUUUAUCGCGACGUGAGAGGGAGGACGCGAGACGCAUAGGAGGCGCAGCGUGUAGCGCACGUACACGCUGAAGAGAACAGAAGAAAGAAAAACAAAAGAAAGAAAGAAAAAGCGAGCUGCACUUUUUUCCAAACACGGACGUCAAUUCAGUCCCGGAGGUGUACACUAACAUGACACUCGUCACAGUAUUGGAAAGAAAGAUGCUGUGCGGUGCAGUGGGGUAAAAAGUGCAAAACAAAUAAGUACAUUAUCUGUUUUUGUUUGUUUGUUUGUUUGUUCUGUCAUACUGUAAUGAUAUUAGGAUUGGAAAGGGCAGGAUGGAUGAAAAGGGUUUCUCUUCUUUGUAAACUUGGAAUAGUGCCGCGAGGAGGCGGGCGCAGAGUGUUAUCCCGUGUCUAUUAAAAAAAAGAAAGAAAGAAAAGCACAGAUUUUGGUCUGAAGAAGCUUGCCCUGUUUUUUUUCUUUUUUUUUUUUUUUCGAUUUACCAGCUCAACAAGAUGUUUAACCAGUGAGGGUGCACUGACUUUAACUGUAUAACGCCUUAGAAUGAUCUCGAGGAGUGUGUGAGAGAGUGUGAGUGUGUAAGUACGUGUGUGAGAGAGAGAGAGAGAGGGAAAGAGGGAGAGCUCUGCCGUGAAUGUAUGUAGCCUGUUAGAAAAAAAAGUCAUCACUUUUAGGAGUUUUUUAAAAUAUAAAUAAGAUUUGCAAAUUGAUUUUAAAAAAGUAAUAAUAGAUAAAAUGGAGGACGUCCCUGGGUGUUAAUUGAGUGAUACGAUUGGGCGAGAGGAAGAAGAAAGGGGGAUGGGCUUUGGAUUUUAGUUGUGUUUUCUUUUUUUCUGUUUUCAGAUUUUUUUGUGUGUGUUUAGCUCACAAACAGACAAUUCUUUUUUUUCUCUCUUUUUUUGGCCCCAAGCAAACUGAUGUUUUUGGAUAAACUGACAAAUGAAAGAGAGAGAGAGAGAGAGAGAGAGAAGGGGAAAAAAGCGGGGUAAGGGAGGGGGGAUAAAGUGACAAAAGAGGAAGAUGUGUAUAUGAUGUGCCAAGCUAUGUAUAUAUGCAGACGGGAAUAUGUGAGAGAAAUGUCUCCAAAAAGCAAUAUCUUGAUAAUGGAUUUUUUUUUCUUUUUUUUUUUGUGUGUGUAUUGUAUUGUACAGGAUUCAACCCUAUAUGUAUUAUUAUUAAUUAUUAAUUAUUAUUAUUAUUAUUACGCCGUUUGUAUUGGCAUCGUUGUUCAUUUAAGCUUGGGGCUUGAGAGCAGGACGUGGCUGAACGUUGAACGAAUUUUGUGAGCAACUUGUCUGAAAUUUUUUGUCGACAUAGGAGGAAGGUGAGACGGACUCGGCGACCCCAGACCAGACAACUGUCAUUGUAAUUAUUAAUUUUAAUGCUAUUCUAAUUAUUAUUAUUAUUACGUUUGAAGGGGAGGGAAAAAGUCCUCCUCGUUACGUUGCUGCAAAGUGUUGAACACUAAAAAAACAAACCAACAUAAAAAUGUAAAGAUGCUAUUUUGGGAAAUAGCAGAAAACAAACAAAACUAAACAAGGAAAAAAAUAUAUAUCAGCUGACUAUCAUGUUCUUAAUCUAUUCUUUUUUUCCCCCUUAUUCAGUUUUUUUUAGGGGGAAAAAUUAAACAGCUCCUUUUCUUUUUUCCUUUUGUGAUAACGGUCAUAUGCUCGUAUUUCUUGUAUUUGUGUGUUUUUGUGUGAUUUGUUUAGUUCUUUUAGACAAUCACAAAAAUAACAUGCAAGCAUUGUAUAUGGACAGACUGACAAGACAUUUUGUGUUGUGUACAGUUUGUCGAAAACUUUUUCCACUCUGGUUAAAAGUUUGUAAUUAUGAUUCUAAAGUCAUGAAAAUGCUGUUGGUUUUUACUUUUUUUUUGUUUGUUUGUUUGUUUUAUAUUCUGUUUUUUGUUUGUUUUGUUUGUUUGUUUUUUAAUAAAAAGCACUACAUUGUUGUGAAUAUACCUGCCUGUUGCUCUUACAUUUAGCCAAGAAUCAUGUGAUAAUUCUUUACUAGGUCAUAAUUAUUGAUACUCAAGGUAUACAGUCAAAACAUAUUUUAAUUGUAUGGAUAGUCAAUUAAUACAUCUGCCAAUAAAGUGAAUUUUAACUAUUGCA